CCGCCCACCACCCCGGUACGCCCCGCCAUCGCUCUGCCUUCCGCUUCCGGCGGGGGGCCGGGCAGCGGCGGGAGCGGAGGCGACGUGUCGGCGCAGGAGCGGAACCAGGGCCUGGGCGGGAUGGAGUUGGAGGCGAUGAGCAGGUACACCAGCCCGGUGAACCCGGCUGUCUUCCCGCACCUCACCGUGGUGCUCCUGGCCAUCGGCAUGUUCUUCACCGCCUGGUUCUUCGUCUACGAGGUGACCUCUACCAAGUACACGCGGGACAUCUACAAGGAGCUGUUGAUCUCCUUGGUGGCCUCGCUUUUCAUGGGCUUUGGCGUUCUCUUCCUGCUGCUGUGGGUCGGUAUCUACGUCUGAGGCCCGGCUGGAGGAGCACUGGUACUGUCUCAUGAAUCCGUAUGUCUGUGGGCAGCCCUGCAGAAGCUCUUUUUAUAUUUCUUUUAUACUUCAACAUCAAAGCCCGCACCAGGCAUGGACUGUGCUCUUGCGGAGUGACUUUUGCCAACCCAGCAAACCAAACCUGAAUAAAGCUGGCUCUGUGGUGCACCUGC